CGUAGAAUUUUGAAAUGACUAAUGCAUUUUCCUAGUAAGCCCAUAAAGUUAUGGGUAUAAAUAUAGAAAAACACCAUGCAUUUAUCAAAGUAAAAUACUCUACAUAAGAAACUACUAGAGGAAUACUGCAAAGUGUUAGAUAUAAAUAAACUGCAAAAUGAGUUAUUCAUACGAAGAAGAUGUUUCUGCUGUUGUCAUUGACAACGGGUCCGGCAUGUGUAAAGCAGGAUUCGCCGGUGACGAUGCACCUAGAGCCGUAUUCCCGGCGGUAACAGGCCGACCAAGAUAUGAUAUAGUAAUGGCGGGGAUGGGCGGAAAAGAAACCUACAUUGGCGAUGAAGCUCAGAGUAAACGCGGUAUCUUGUCACUAAGGUAUCCAGUGGAACAUGGAAUCGUUACAAACUGGGACGAUAUGGAGAAAAUCUGGCAUCAUACCUUCUAUAAUGAGCUCCGUGUUGCACCAGAGGAACACCCCGUACUUCUCACUGAAGCACCAAUGAAUCCAAAGGCGAACAGAGAACGCAUGACCCAGAUCAUGUUUGAGGCAUUCAAUGCUCCUGCCUUUUACGUUUCGAUACAAGCUGUCCUAUCUCUUUAUGCCGCCGGUCGAACAACAGGAGUUGUGUUUGAUUCAGGCGACGGUGUCUCCCACGUUGUACCAAUCUAUGAAGGAUAUGCUUUGCCUCAUGCAAUUCAGCGGAUGGACUUGGCGGGGAGAGAUCUGACAAAAUAUUUGUCCAGAAUUCUUCAUGAGCGCGGGUAUAAUUUUACAUCUUCUUCCGAGAUGGAAAUAGUUCGUGAUAUUAAAGAGAAAAUGUGUUAUUCUGCAUUAGAAUUUGAUCAAGAAAUGGCUUCUGCUGCAAAAUCAUCAAUCGCUGAAAAAAGUUACGAGCUUCCAGAUGGACAAGUCAUUACGAUCGGAAAUGAAAGGUUCCGUUGUGUAGAAACUAUGUUUCAGCCAUCUUUCAUUGGAAUGGAAAAUGUCGGUGUUCAUGAACUACUUUACAAUUCCGUUAUGAAAUCAGAUAUAGAUAUCAGGAAAGACUUGUUUGCAAACGUCGUAUUGUCAGGUGGUACAACAAUGUUUCCCGGUCUUGCAGAUAGAAUGAAACGUGAACUCGACAACCUGGUUCCCAGCACAAUGAAGGUGAAGGUUAUUGCUCCACCCGAACGGAAGUAUUCAGUUUGGAUCGGAGGAUCAAUUCUCUCAUCCUUGUCCACAUUUGGUCAGAUGUGGAUUUCAAAACAAGAAUAUGACGAAUGUGGACCUAGUAUUGUCCACAGAAAAUGUUUCUAAACUUUUAUAAUUUCACAAAGGACAUACCAUGUGCAAUCAUGUGCAAUAAAAUAUUCAUCUUAUAUAUAAGCCUAUAUAUACGAUAAUGCUUAUUGACAGUAGGCUUAAAAUACGUAAGGAAGGUAGGGUACAGUUUCGGAAGAACACAACAUACCUUGACUUACUCAGAACUCGUCACAGGAUAUAAUUGAAAUUAUCUCUUCCUUAAAAUAUAUGAUAUCUGCACUAUGCACUAUUUAUCUAGUGACUAUUUCCUAUUUUAUUUCAUUUUAUGUCCAAUGCUAAACUCCUUUACGAAUGAGAAACUCCCAUACGAUAAAUCAUUGAAUAUCCCUGCUACAUGUAUUUCUAUCAAAAUAUGCUUCUAUUAUUACUGCUCUAUGUUUCAGCAAACAUACUGUCACACAAACCGUGAGCAUUUCACGAUUUUCACGCUAGCAGUUCUGUAACGAUGUAUAUGUCUACAAUAGACCAGUUAUAGAUGUUUUCUAAAACAUUUUUGCUCAAUUAAUUUUUGAAUGUUUUUUAUAUAUUUUUUUUUCGGUAUGUAAUAAUGUAAUGUAGCUCCGCCUGGGCUCCGCAUGUUUUACAGUAGGUACUGUCUCCCACUCAAAACAAUGCUAUAUUAAUAUUUCAGUCAUAUUGUACGCAUGAAGAUGUUCUUCAUGGAAUGAUUACAUUUCAUUGUAGUUCAAAUACCCUGUCUUUCAAAUCAAUGUUGUACAUAAAACUAUAUUUAUAUACAUUUCGUACUUUUUGUACAUUUGAUUUUGUGUUUCUGUGAUUUGUUUUACAUCAUUUAAUUGUCAUAAACGUGUACGUGUAAAUAUUUGUCAGUUGCAAGAAUUGUUUUCCGUCAUAAAAAUAAAUACCAUAUUGUA